UAGCUUUCAUCAAUUUGAAUAAGGCUACACAAUUCAACAAGUAGUAAAUCAUGUUAACCUAUGGUUUAAUCAAGAAACUGACUUUAUUUCAGCCUAUUGAUUGAAGUAAGUGACAUGUCUGAAACAUGCCACUUAACUCUUUACCACUGUAUAAACUUUUCAACUUUUUUAUGACGUCAUAUGACGCAAGUGUUUUUUUUAAUCACCUCCAUAUCCAACACUGCCAUACAUCACGUUAACUGAACAUUCACAUUACAAAUAGAAAUCCAUUUCCUUUAGCAAAUCACAGAACGGUGCUCUGCUGCCAUCUGGUGGACUUUCUGUUGUACUGCAGAUCCAAACAGCAGUUUCCAGGUGGGCCUUAAAGUUUUAUUCAAGUCCUUCCUAAGUCCAAGCCAUUCAUCCGUGGGCGUGUGUGUUAACUGAGACAGAGGUAUGACCUGAUGACAAUACGCAACAUGACAGUGCUGCUGUUUCCUCUUCAUGUUGUUUUCAACAUGCAGCUCCACCCAGUAGGUAGGGCAAAUAGGUGAAGCAGGUUCAGCAACAGUUGGAACCAGAUUUGCACCUCAGUCUUGAUCCUUUGUGAGAGUAUGGGAGGAGGGAUUGUUUCUGUUCUUAGUUUCAAAUGAAACUCCAACAUUCGGAGAAACUAGGCAUGCACGGCAGUGAUCGAAGACUAGUGCAAGUUCUAGGGCUCAGCGGGAGCUUCUAGUCCCAUUUUGGAUUAAUUUGAAUGUUUUUGGAGAACUUUUGACCCACACUAGUUUUCGAAAAUGGAUAGAUUUGCAUUGGCAGCUAUAUGGACUAAGAAUGGGGUUAUCUGCAUGACUUUUUUACUUUUUCUUUGCUGCACCACUGGAAUAUGUGAACCCAACGAACCAACACCGACAGAUUCAACAAACUUGGAAACUGCCAUACUUUUGCCAGAUGACCCUGAGGAUCCUCAAGCUUAUCCAGAGGAGGAAAAGGUCAGCAACCUCCCUGUGUUUACAAUGGACUACACUCGCAUCCAGAUCCCCUUUGAAUUUACCCUGUGGAUAUUGCUGGCUUCCUUCUCCAAAAUCGGUUUCCACGUUUACCAGAAGAUCACCAUCUGGAUCCCAGAAUCAUGCCUCCUCAUCGGCAUCGGCCUCAUAGUCGGGGGCAUCAUGCACUCGGUGAAGGAGGAGCCCCCCGCCGUUCUCACCUCCAACGUGUUCUUUCUCUACAUGCUGCCCCCCAUCGUCCUGGACAGUGGCUACUUCAUGCCCACCAGGCCGUUCUUUGAAAACGUUGGGACGGUGGUGUGGUACGCCGUGGUGGGAACGUUGUGGAACAGCAUCGGGAUUGGUCUCUCCCUCUUUGCCAUCUGCCAAUUUGAGGUGUUUGAUCUUCAGAACAUCAAUCUGCAGGAGAACCUGCUCUUUGCUACCAUCAUCUCCGCUGUGGACCCUGUGGCGGCUCUCAACGUCUUCGAUGAUGUGGGAGUCAAUGAGCAGAUCCACAUAGUUAUUUUCGGAGAGGGCCUCUUCAAUGAUGCCGUCACUGUGGUCCUCUACAGCAUGUUUGCCUUUCUGGCCGACAUGCCGGCCAUCGACUCCGUGGACGUGUUCCUGGGAGUGGCCCGCUUCUUCGUGGUGGGCGUCGGCGGCGUCCUACUCGGCCUCCUGUUCGGCUUCGUGGCGGCGUUCACCUCCCGCUUCACCAACAAGGUGCGGGAGAUCGAGCCCCUGUUCGUCUUCAUGUACAGCUACCUGGCCUACCUGGUGGCCGAGCUGUUCGCCAUCUCCAGCAUCAUGGCCAUCAUCACAUGUGCCAUAACCAUGAAGUACUACGUGGAGGAGAACGUUUCCCAGAGGUCCUGCACCACCAUUCGCCACGUUGUCAAGAUGCUGGCCACCGUCUCUGAGACGCUCAUCUUCUUCUUCCUGGGUGUGGUAACCAUAACUACUGAGCAUGAGUGGAACUGGGCCUACAUCCUGUUUACGCUGCUUUUCGCCUUCCUGUGGAGAGGACUCGGUAUCCUGGUUCUGACCCAGAUCGUUAACCCCUUCCGGACCAUCCAGUUCACUGUGAAGGACCAGUUCGGCCUGGCCUACGGAGGCCUGCGAGGAGCAAUCUGCUUCGCCCUGGCCUUCACGUUGGGGGAAAACAUCAACAGGAAGAACCUGUUUGUCACAGCUUCAAUAGCCCUCAUCUUAUUCACAGUUUUCGUCCAAGGCAUCAGCAUCCGGCCCAUAGUUGAGUACAUAAAGAUCAGACGGACCAAUAAAGAUCUAAACACUAUUAACGUGGAGAUCCACACCAGGACGAUGGAGCACCUUAUCUGUGGCGUUGAGGACCUGUGUGGACAGUGGGGCCACUACUACUGGAAGGACAAGUUUAAAAAGUUCAACGAUCGCAUUUUGCGACGCAUCCUGCUGCGAGACACGCGAUCCGAGUCGAGCAUCGUGUCUCUGUACAAGAAGCUGGAACUUCAAAACGCCAUUGAGCUCCUGGACACGACGAUGGGAGACAUCAGUGCAGCUCCAUCAGUUGUUUCCCUACAGGACGAGUUGAUGGAGGCAUCUCGGCCGAAGAAGAAGUUCCUGACUGGGGACAUUAGGAAAAUGCAUGACAUCCUGUCCAAGAAUAUGUACAAAAUUCGACAAAGGACCACGGCCUUCAGAGGCAAAAACACCCUGCAGGAUAACAACCACGCCAGGGAGAUCCUGAUGCGCCGCCACGCUAGCAUCCGACGCAGCCUCCAUGGACAGAGUUUCCGUGAGCAGCCAGUACAGAACGUCUCCAAGUCUCUAAAGUAUUACUCCCUCCAACCUGGUGGAAAUCUGGAUUCUGCAUUCCCCCUCAGAAGACGGAGUCGGGGUAUUCCUGAGGAGGAUCACCUGCAGACCUUUGGCGCGUCUCCACGCUCCUCAUCCCGCUCUCUAAUCCCGAUGACCACUCUGAAGACCAUCAAAGAACAGGGGAGUAGUGGGGCACCAUCAUCUCCGUCCGUGCACCCUCUGGAGCCAUCUUCUGGAGAACACCACCUGGAUGAGGGGUUUUCAGGCCAGAGCCUCAGAGGACGCAAAGCACCAGUCGCUACACCGAGGAGACGCAGCUCAAAUCGAGAUGACGAAGACGAGGACAAUGGAUUCUCUGAAAACCAAGCAGCAGGGGCUGAACAGCCUCCACCUCCUCAAGGCUGGGUCCCAGAAGUCAGGGAUCCAGGAGCAAACGAGGCUGGAAACCCUUUACUCAGACAGUCAGCACAUGGGUCCCAGCGCUCAUGGAGAACGUGACUUCCUGACACGCUGACCUCGUAUUUUGGACACAAACGAAUCCUUCCACUCCAGUUGAUGUAAAACCUGCUGCAUGUGCAACGUUUACAUGUUUAAAUCAAAAAUAUCCCCCGGAAAUACAACGUAGCAGGCUGAAACCGGGGCUCUCCAGUUACUGACACUGUGUACUCACCAGAAUUUAUUUUUUUUGUUUCUGUUUUUUUUUAUAUGUACUCACACCUGUUAAUUUGUCACAAGUUAAAUUCUGAGAAGAAAUCCGUCCAUUUUUUGUGACACAUAAGCUUAAAACCUUACAAUCACCUUCUUUGUCCCUUCCUACGUCCUCCAUCAUUUAAAGGACAUAUCAUCGCUUUCAUAGUGUUUCAGUUUCAAUAUGUUUAAAUUUGUAGUUUAAAAAGUUCUAAGUUAUUUACAUGAGUAAAAGCGAGAAAUGUGUAAAAAAGUGAGAGGAGAAAAAGCUGUUGCCAUGGCAGCGCAGGAGGAUGCACUGGUAGCUGCUCCUAUCACGUCUGUAGUGUCAGAAUCCAUGAUUUCUUGUUUGAAAGAAGAACAGCAAGAAAUGCCUUGACUAACGUGACUGGCUGUGGUUUCUCAUGGCGGCUGCUGCUUACAUCUUUAUUUGAUACCGUGAUUGGCUAGAACCAACCUUUGGUAAUUGGGCACUAGAUGUCACCCAAUCAGCUCGGAGAGUUUUGCUGAAGGUCCCUCCUUUCCCCAAACGGAUUAUGAUGAGCAGAACGGAGAGCGCUAUACAUUAUCUAUCUGCCUUGCUAGGUUACUUUCUGACAGCACAUACAAAAAAAUGCAUAACAUGCAGUGGGAACUGAGAGACGCAAAGAUGCUUAUUGUUUAUUCUGCCUUUGGUGUCCAUGUGUAGCAGGAAAGUAGGGAUGAAUGACUAAAGCCCACCCCGAGAUACUGCCAGGAUACUAGCUCUAAGUCUGAAUCCUAUGAAGUACCAAUAGUCUCCUGCCUACAGCAGCAGGUGUGUGGUCAUCCCUCUGACUCACGGUCUGGCUUAGUUCCUGACUAUGAGGUUAUGGAGAUCUGACCGAACAGUAACACACUAACCUGAGGUCAAGCCCACGUAACCGUCUCCCUCAUUCUUGGCUGGUCAGAAGGGUGGGGUGCCCCUACUUCAGGGUAGCUUUGCACGUGGAACUCAUGAACAAUAAACAGCUGGAAUAAUGCAAACACUGGGGAUUUAUUUUGUACCCCAAUUGGAAACAGGAUGCACCAAAGUUUAACAAUAAAUCAGAUAGAAUUAUCCUUGAGAUAAAGUUUGUUUCACAAAAAAGCCUUUUGAAGAACUCAGAGUAGUGUCCUGACAGGAUACUCUUAGGCUUUAAAUGGCUUUAGGUGAGAUGAGGGCUGGAGGCCAGAGCAUCACUAAACCAACAUUCAACUUGAGAAAUGUCAAAACCUCCUGAAGCCGCUGUCGUCCUCUCACCUCAGUUCUCACCGCAGUUUUCGGCAGAUACUCACGGCUGCUGCAGCUUUUCUCUCUCUCUGCAAACUGCAUGCUAACGUUCUGUCUCUCUUUGUGCUCUCUGACUUCACCCAGUUUUUCUUCUUCCUCGCCAUUCCCUUUUUCAACCUCUCCCGCUUGGCCCGCCUCCUUGUUCCUCUGAUAGGCUACUCAGGCCACAUUGUUAGAGCCUUAUUGGCCACACACAAACUUUAUGUGCCCCUUACACAUGCACACCCCUUCUAAUGCCGCCCUGGGUAACUGCCCAGUUCACAAACUGCCUUUAACACAACGUCUAGCCAAAAGAAAAGAAUUAUCAGCUGCUUGUAGCUGCAUAAUUCUUAAAGCUUUCUCACAUAUCUUUUGUCAUAUAGUGUUCACUGUGCUGUUGAAGAGGCAUUGUCCAAAGGUGUGUGUAUAAUGCUCAUCUGGAGCCAACAAUUAAAAAAAAAUACUGUGACCUUAAGGAACUUCUAUAUAUUUUUUAUGUUUUUCUAUUAUAUUUUAAAUUUAGAGAGUAAAGAAUUAUGUCUGAAAACAGAUUUGUGAAAUAAAUGUAAUUUUAAAGUAGA